GCCCCAGGGAGCAGUAGGUGGUUAUAACCCAGGCCGCGUGCCCGGAGCCGAGGAGGAGGCGGCGGGACGGCGCCGGCCUCAGAAGUCUGCAGCCGACCUGGGAGUAGGUUCUGCACCCCCUACCUGGGGACGCGGCAGGUGCGGCGGCCAUGGCUGCAGCAGGACCCCCGUGGACGUGGAUGGUCUGCGCCCUCAUAGCCCUAAUUCUGAGGGUCACAGAGCCUGUUCUUGCAAAUGAUGUUUCUUCCUGCGACAACCCCUCUCCCCGGGGGCCCUCUGGGAACCCCCAGGACCUUGGGCCUGGGGCCGGGGUGGGGUCCCGGGCGGACGACGACAGCAGCAGCCGCAUCGUGAAUGGGACCGACUGCGCCAAGAACAGCCAGCCGUGGCAGGGGGCGCUCCUGCUGCAGUCCAACCGGCUCUACUGCGGGGCGGUGCUGGUGGAUCCGCAGUGGCUGCUGACGGCUGCCCACUGCCGGAAGCAAUUUUUCAGAAUCCGUCUCGGCCACCAUUCCCUGAAUGCCAUCUAUGAAUCCGGGCAGCAGAUGUUCCAGGGGAUCAAGGCCAUCCCCCACCCCGGCUACUCCCACCCCAGCCACUCCAAUGACCUCAUGCUCAUCAAGCUGAACCGAAGAAUCCGUGAGACUCAGGGUGUCAAACCCAUCAGCAUUGCCUCCCAGUGUCCAACUGCUGGGACCAGCUGCUUGGUGUCUGGCUGGGGAACGACCAGCAGCCCCCAGCUUUCCUUCCCCAAGGUCCUUCAGUGCUUGAACAUCACUGUGCUGAGUGAUGACAGGUGCAGGAAGGCUUACCCGGAACAGAUAGACGAGACUAUGUUCUGUGCUGGUGACGAGUCGGGCAGAGACUCCUGCCAGGGUGAUUCCGGGGGCCCCGUGGUCUGCAAUGGCUCCCUACAGGGCCUUGUGUCCUGGGGCGACUCUCCUUGUGCCCAGCCCAACAGACCCGGCGUCUACACCAACCUCUGCCGGUUCACCAAGUGGAUCCAGGACACCAUCCGGUGCAACUCAUGAGUCAUCCGGGGACCUGGUGUCCCCCAUCCCCUGCAAGGACCCUGGCCUUCCUUCCAGACCCCGGUUCCUCCCCAAGAAUGUUGAGAUGGUUAAUCUUUCCAGCUCCCCAGAUCUCCUGGAGUCAGGGCUCCCCUUUCCCGACUGUGACUGACCCCGCCUGUCUAGUUGGAUCCUGGAGACAGCUCCCAGAAUGACCAGGGCAAGGGGUGCACCUUCCUAACUUCUUCAGUGCUCCCUUCCUCAGCCCCAGAGUCCACCCCUUGUCUGCAGCUGUGACCGGAAUUUGGUCCCAAAAAUAAAGCGUCUGAGAGAAGUGGA